AUGCGUCUGCACACACUCCUCGGUUAUAUAUUGGGUUCUCUUGCCUUUGUCCCGGCUGUUCUCGCAGCUGGGGAGGCAGAGCAUGCGGACCCCGUCGUCUUGGCUACAGCUUCGUUCCCGGAGGAUAAUGCGUUUGGACACGUUGUGAAUGGAGAGCGCAACAAGAUACUUUUGAGUGUGGAGAACCUUUCAGAUCGUAACAUUACUAUCAAGAAUAUCGCUGGAUCAUUCCACUAUCCGGAGUCUAAUGUUUUGGUCAAAAAUACUAGUUCGUUGUCGUACGACGUCCUGUUGGUUGAUGGCGCAAAAAUACAGCUACCCUACACAUUCUAUAGCGAGUACAAGCCCGGAGACCUCAAGCUCAGCAUUUGGUUGGAUCACGUAACGGAGGGCGAGACAUAUCGCGUGACGGCCUAUGAUUCGAUUGUUACCAUCGUGGAGCCGGAACUAUCGUGGUUUGACUUAAAGAUGUGGUCAACUUACUUGGUUGUGUCCCUCCUUCUUGGCGGUCUCGGUUACUACGCGUACUUCACCUUUGUUCCUCAGCCUAAGCGCAAGGCUCGCUCGAUCCCAUCCGUUAGUGCUCCAGUAACUGUCACUGCAUCGGGUGCUGGUGGAUAUCAGGAAGAAUGGAUCCCGGAACACCACCUUAAGAAGGCCAAGACACGUAAGACGAAAGCAUCCGGCGAAGCGACAAGUGGGGGCGAAACGAGUGGGACUGAGAUGAGUGGCACAGAAGGCAAAAGGAGGAAGGCGAAGAAGUAG